AUGUCGGAUUCUGCUCCGCUUAAUCCUGCAGGUAUACCUAUCCCGGAAGACGGAGCUAGUAGCCUGAGUAUGUCCUUUGAUGGUAAUGCUCCAGGUGACGAGGCUCCUCCCCGGGACAGUGAACCUCCUUUGACCACCAAUGCCCUGAGGAUACAUGACAUGCGUCUCUUCCAGAGAGGUGCGGUUUCGGAAGCUGCUGCCCCCACAGGAGCACCUAGUAGCCUCAGUACCACCACACCUUGGCAGGUCGUGUCUCCUCAUGAAAGACAAGCUUCAGCUCCAAAUGUAGCUAAAAGAGGUUCACUUCAGACCUUUAAUCCGACAGCACCGAGUUUCUCUAUGCCGAACUCCGCGACGAUGAACAGCUUAAUGAUUGGCGAACAAAGACUCAUGCAGAACCAAGCUAACGUAAGCCAGACGUUCAUUCAGAAUGAUAGAUCACCUCUGAUUGAACAGAUUGCUGAGCAUCGCCAUAACCAGAUCCUUGGUCAGAUCACGAACAGUUUUCAGGAGCAGAUGCUAUCUAUGGGUAGCCAUGUCAUGUCCGGAGUGUCGAAACUAAGAGUUGAACUUGCUCAGGCCGAAACAAGGCUUGGAGAAGAGGAACAGCAAGCCAGAGCCAGAUUCUCAACAGGCCAAACUCAAUUGGAAUCGCAGGCCCUUGAGAUAAACAUGGCUCGCGGUGAAGCUCAUGCCUUGGCUGAAAAAUUGAGAUCUGCAGAAUCGCACGCAGAUUUGUCAUAUGCUAGGCUCCAGGAGCAACUCCACCUAGCGGAAGCUAAGGCCAUGAGCAAUGCUGAUCUCAUGAACUCUGAGCUUGACAGUGUACGCGUUUCUGCUGCCCAGGCAACAAAUGCAGUGCAGGCUUCAUCUGAGGUUGAGAUCAAUCGCCUCUCUGCUGAGGUCCGAGACUUCAGAGUAGUCGUUAGUCAGGAGUCCGAGAAGCGGAAAGCAGCUGAGAGAGAGAACGCUGAGCUCAAAUUGCAGCUCAGCAAGGCAAUUGCCGCUCUUGAGGCUCAUGCCAACGCCUCGAGCUCUGUGCCCACUGUGCCCCCGGGACUUGUUCCGACGAUUCCUAUCAACACGCCUCCGCAGGAUGGCAUGGGACCAAGGUUCCGACGCCCCCCUGACGGUGGUGGCCCAGAUGAUGGGGAUGACGGCGGCAGUGAUGAUGAUGACUCCAGAUUAUCUCCCAAGCAGCUCAAGGCUCUGCUCAAAUCCCUGGCCAGGAGUAGCAAGAAGUCGGGGGAUGACAAGGAUACUGAGGAUGAAGGUAGGCAGAUCCUGUUUCUCUUGCACAAGUACUUUGCUACCAAUGCUUUGCACAAUUCUGUUUAUGAUAUGGAAGACUUGUUGUCAGUCACCAUGACUAACGAGAAUUUGGUGACAUUCAUCAGGUGCCAUCCGGGCGCCCUCGCACACCCACACCCGGCAGAGGCCGUGGUCCGCGCAGUCCCUCGAGGUCGCAAGAAGGGCGGUGGUCAUUCCAUUCCUACUGCGGUUUGCCUUUUAGGAGCAAUGAUGGCAGGCACGGCUCACCAUGCCGAUGCUUACACUCUCCGGAAGGAUGAGUCGUGUUGGCCCUCUCAUUAUUCCGAGUUUACACACCUGGCGCUUGCAGCGGUGUCAUUCGAUGACAGCCCUGACUAUAUCAACUUCCCUCUUAGAGAUGGAGAAUUGAAGUACUCUGUUGAAUACCCCAAACGUACCUUCACAAGUAGCUGGUCUACUGAGGACGUUCCAUCGGGCAACGCACAAUCCACCAAGGAUGCGCUCAUGGCAGCAAGGAUGCUACGCGCAUCUGUGCGGAGCAGUCUCGAUGGUGUGCCUGCAAAGUGCAACUUCUGUUGUGAUACCGAGUUUGGUUGCGACCACUGCAUUCCAAAGGGUCUAAGGGUUACGUGCCCCGCCAAACCAGAUGCAGCGUUAUGUUCUCAUCCCAUGGAAUGGAUAGGGGAUACAGGGAGUGCUCAAGAUCUCAUCUCCGAGCGGGAGCUCGCGGAUCUGGUUCCAUUUGAAUCAGACUGCCCAAUCAACAUCUCUACUGCGAAUGGUCCGGGCUAUGCCAACAGGCAAUGCGAGGUGGGGGUUCCCUCCAUCAAUAGCGUUGCCAAGCCAUAUGUGUUGCCCAACACUCCGAGCGUUCUUUCGGUUGGUCAGAGAUGCAUGGAGCAAGGGUAUGAUUUCAUUUGGAAAGGAUUUCAGAGACCAUACUUCAAAGUUCCUGGCAGUGGGAAGGUUUACCUUGAUGUACGGGAUAAUGUUCCAUACCUCAAAUCAUGGAAAGAAGGAACUACGUGCCCUGCAAGAAGGAUCGCCGCAUCAUCAGGCGGGAGCCGUACGGACCCCGAGAUCGUGGCGAAAGAGCUUCUCCAGAAUCAGGACUUUUCGCAUCGGUCGUGCUUGAAAUUACUCAAAGAAUCAACUUUCAAACAGCCCAAGAGCCGUCGCAGUGCGAUCCGCGUCAAAGAUGACCGCGACUCAAAAUAUCUCGUGUUUGGAGCGUUUUCUCAUGGGGGAAUGCAAGGGAUCACAAAACGAUCCAAGUCCUACCCCAAAGUCAUUCAGUAUCUCCUGGGAUAUCUUAGGAAGCAUGGCGUUGAUGGGCCGGUGACGUCCUUAGCUGUGAAUUGUAAUUCCGAUGUCAAGAUGCACAAGGAUGUGAACAAUCAUCGUGACCACGACAAUUUCACAAUCUCGCUUGGAGACUUCACAGGUGAUGACCUCUCCUUCGGGAGUGAGAGGUGGAGCAUCACGGCCUAUGUCAACCGAGCUAUCCAUAAACUUAGCCCAGAUGAGAUUACCAAAUUGAAAGAGUAUGGGUUCCUUGAGGAAGCCUCGUACCUGCUGAACCGAGCGAUUCGCCUCCUCAUCCUGAAGGACGAGUGCAUUGCCGCGUUGCAGCAUUUUGUUUCCUCCUCUGACGAGGCCUAUCAGUUUCAUGUUCCCAACGGAGAGUUUGUUUUUCCCAUGCGUGAAAGGUACGAAAAGGUCCAGCAAGGUCUUGCUACUGAUGCUUUAGAAGGCCCAGUGUCACAAUCGCUGACGAACCAAGAUGCCGAGCCUGCUCUUGAGCAGGACUCCGUUGACGCCGACCGGAAGGAUGAACCCUCGUUGGUCAUUGAUCCAAAGAGUGGGAAAAUGAUUCCCAUUCCGGAAGGGGGUGGUUACUACGACUCGGGGGGUACCCUGGGACGUAGAUAUGGCGGGACCAGAGGUUCCAGAAAGCCAGAUAGUAUUCCAUCUGAUCUUUGGGUUCGGUUGUCUAAGAAGCAGAAAGACAAAGCGAUUGAAGACGAAGUCCGGGAGAAUGCUCUCAGAGAACUCGAGUCUGGUGGUGGUGGUUCAUCAAGCAGCAGCGGCAAGCCUGCCGCAGUGGCGAAUGCUUCCAAGGAUGAAUGGGUCAUCCGGGGGGACAAGUUGAUCAGGUUCCAUUACAUUCCCAGAAAGGAGUUGUUUUCGCCUGACCUCACCGAUUGCCCUGUUCCAAUUGCCUCUCUCGGAAGGGAUAGAGUCACCAAGAUCAUGCCGCUAGGCGGUACAGAGAUUAUCCCCGACUUCCCAUGCAUGCCUACUGUUCCAACUGCUGAAGAUCCGCAUAGAACCAAAGUUGCCCGCGCAUUCCCUGAAACGUUUCAGGAAAUCACUGAGGCCAUUGCCAUGGUUGCUAGGCCAGUGGGCAAAAAGGAACUCAUGACGGAUUCAGACGCUCAAGCGUCAUUGGAUAUGGAAUGGGAUAAACUCAUCAAGAAGAAGGCCUGGGAUAUGUCAACUGUCAGAGAGUGGGAUGACGUGUCAAAAGAAGCUGCUAAGAAGGGUAAGAAAGCCCAUGUAGGCAAGAUCUUUGAAAUCUGCGUUGAAAAAGGUAGCGAGCUUCCCAAAGAAAACCCCUUACGGAAGUUCAAGGGUCGAACCGUCUUUCAGGGUAAUAAUGUCAGAGAUGAGAACAACGACACUGCUCUCUUUAGCGAGCUGGGCUCCAGUCCAGCUACCAUGGAGGCAGGGAAGGUUCUCGACGCCUAUGGCCAUGCCCCAAACCAUGGGGUAGAACAAGCAGAUGGCAAACAGGCGUACACUCAGACAACCCUUAAAGGAGCAGACACUUGGGUACGCCUCCCGCGGGAGCGGUGGCCUAAAGAGUGGAUAGGGAAAUAUAAAGAUCCCGUUGUGCGUUUGAGGUUGGCCCUCUACGGGCACCCAGAUAGCGGCGGCUUCUGGGAGCAACAUUGCGAGAAACGACUCAAGGAGGUAGGAUUUGAGCUUGUCUACCCAGCGGCGUGGCCCUCAGUAUUCUUUCACCCGACACUUAGGCUCUUGUUAGCAGUGUACGUGGAUGACUUCAAGAUGGCCGGGCCUAAAGAGAACCUUGCCAAAGGCUGGGAACUCAUUGGCUCCCGCAUCGAUAUGGUCCCAUUCAAACCUCGCGCGGCGGAAGCCCUCGCCCUCGACCUCGGGUCGCACAGGCUCACCGUGGCUGCUCCUCUAGGCAAAGAGGACUCGCCAACCGAGACGUGGGACUCUACCCUGGGGGGUUGGAUCGAUGUGCUCUACCGAUAUGCACAGGAGGAGCUUGAGGCGCUGAAUGAGUGGCCGACAAAGCAACAGCUUCGCGUGGAGAAGGCUGUUCGCAAUCUGAGGCUGCUCCUCGCGAGGCAUGAUGUGUGUGGGAUCACCGUUCUCACAGGAGACCAUCAUUCUGAAGUGUUUCCCACAGGACCUGAGUACGGUCUCUGCAUGGAACAGCACGCUGACGCGAUGCUUGCCCUUGGCAUCAACAUUGUCGAUCCGAUCGAAAUGUAUGGCCAUACUAGCAAGCCUGACGACUUCCACGCUGAUGCGUCGGACAGGAACAAACAGGUCAUGGUCCCAUGGCAUUGUUCACUGCUCCGUGGUGUUUUUGUCAAUCAUCAGCUUAUGAAGGUUCGUGAUCAGUUGGUCGCCAACCAAAGGGAUGUGGUGUUUCACAACCACUUUUUGAUGGGGAAGGCGGAACCCUUCUUGACGGUGCCACCUGCGUCGGCGCAGCUCAUCCACAAGCCGAUCGAAGAUCCAAACCCACCUCAGGCGAGGGAGGCUGAAGAGGAGAUCGUCCUUUCUGGCCCACUCCUGGGGGAGAUGGAAGAGCCGAGCAUGAUGCAGGUUCCCGAGGUCCCGAAUGCUCAGGAAGAAAUUUCUGACUUGGACUUUGCUCGCCUUGAUACGAGACCUGGGGCCGGCUGCGUCGUGGAAGGUGCCGAAUCCGCACUCCUCAACGUCAUCACAGAGGACAUCAUCAAGGCCACCUUCGAGGCCGUGAAGGACGCCACCGAAGAGGAGCUCAAGCAGGCCGCCGUUGAGGCACAGGUCGUUAAUCUCGACGACUUUGUGGAGGCGGAAGAGCUCCCGGCGGAAGCCAAGGGAAGGGAGACGUACGUCGCCCAACCGGGCAGGAUCGAGGGAGCCGCUUCCUCGGCCGAUGUCCGGCCCCCGGCUGGUCCCACGGCCGCAAUGGAGGAGUCAGAGGAUGAGGUCGUCAUCAUGGACGCCCCUCUGACGAGUGAGGCCACGAUUCAGAAGCCAUUUACGCCGGCUGCUAAGCCAAAGCCGCCUGCGCUUCCGAGGUGGAUGACGGCCGAUCAGCUCCCGCCUUUGCCAGACGACUACCGCUGGCUGACGCCGGGCGCACGCGUAGCACUCAGCAAGAAGAUCAGUUUCCUGACGCGAGGCUUCGCGGAGAUUCGCGCGCCGCACCUCCAUGUGAAAGCGGCAGAGGAUCACUCCCUUAGAUGGGACGAGUUCUUCGAGAAACUAUCCCAGAUGUGGAGGGGGCUGAGGGUGGAAAACGUGGUAGACGCGUUGCUACACAACGACAAGCUCCGUUUCGAGAUCAAGGUGAACUUUGGUCUCAACAAGCUCGUCGUCUUCCACGCCAUCCGAGCCAUCCAGGGGCAUAAUGCAACCCUCCUCUCUGACGAGACGGACCUCAAUGACACGCAUGCAGCGGUCUACCACUUAGCCGAAUCCUGGUUUCCGACAUUGAAGGAUCGGCCCCCGGAGCAUGUACUCCGGAGGUGGCAGAGCAAGAGCCCCAUGCCGGGAUGCUACAUUGACUUCCUCUGCUCGGAGGCGGAAGACCUCUCGUUCGAUGAGUACAAGCACAUCUGCAACAACAUGCAUUCCCCCUUUCAGAUCGCGGAGGAUGAAAAUAUCACCGUCAACGGGGAGGCCAUCAACGCAGACGACGUUACCUUUCACACAGAGGCAAAGCCCCAAUAUGUGGGUAACGCUCGAUGGGGCUCCCGCCUGAAGACGUGGUACUCCGCGCUGGGGCGCAGGACGGAUGUGAGAUACCGAUCGAAGCUUGAGCAUUACGUAAUUCAAGAGUUCGUGGAUUUUCCCACUCUCAGAUGCGGCUCAUGCAAUCGGGACUUCGUCGACGGGAUGAUCAAUUGCCCAUGGUGUUCGGUCCGUAUUUCUGCCGAGAGCGAUAUGGCACACGUCACAGAAACCAAAAGGGCGCGCGAUGAAGCCAGCCGAAGGGGAACGGGGAUUGAUCUCCUCGCUAUCGCCCCCCGGAAGGGGUUGGCCAUGAAUCGACAUCGCGUCCGUCAGGGUCGUGACGAUGAUGACAUCAGUCUCCCGGCGGCAGUCAGAGGAAAGUGUUUGGCCAUGAAGAAGAGUCUCGCAAAGCGGGGUGGAGGUGAUCACUUGCUGGAGCUUCUCGACGAGCCCCUCGAUGCGUACAACUACGUGUCAAAAGGCAUUGACAUCGGAAGUCUCGCCCAGCUUGAGUUGUUUACGCGCCUUCACAAUCCCGCACCCGGAGGGGAUGCGCGUGGUCGCAAAGAGUUUGCAGGGAGCCACAAUGCUGACGCUCGCCUUAGCAUCGCCUGGAUGCCUGGUGACACCGAGAUCGUCUUGAACCGAGCGUUUUUCAUCGCGUUCUCUUCCAGGCUUUACAUCCUUGACGAGGCGGCCAUGCUCAUCUAUGCCACACAGCAGACGUACUUCGGCCAAAGGUUUCCUUUUUCGAUCCUAGGUUUUGAUGGCGAGAUCUACACUCCGGAGCCAGCCUCGGUCACAGAGCUUGCAGCACAGUUGGCAGAAUUCUUCAAAGUCCAACUUGGCUUCGCCGGGACCUACGAUGAUCCGGCACCCACUGAGGUAACCAUGUCAGGGAAUCUUCGCAUCCCGGAAGGGUUUGCCUCUAUGGGCCAGACGCAACUCAAUGAAGUCCUGCGCGAUACCCGCUUCUACGACAGACGUCUUGCCAGGACUGCCUAUGAUCCGGAAUGGGUCAGAGCCUCGAGGGCGAGGAGUGCAGGCUACAUGCGCGCACCUCCUCCUCCCGGAAGGGAUGGUCCAAGGGCAUCUUCAUCAAGACGUUAUGGAAGGGCUUCGGCGUCCCCUGCAAGACAGCACUCGGAGGGAGCCAAUGACCCCACUCGUGACAGGACCCGAUCAUCAUCGGCAUAUGGUGCCAAUCGUGGAAGAUCACCGAGGAGGACUGGUUCCUAUGUAGAGCCAACCAGCAAGGCAACGCCGCCAAGACUGCGCUCCGCCACACCAAGACCUCCAGCUGCGAGACGUCAGUCGAGCCAGCAAGAUCAGCCCGCUGCCUCACGCAGACGCGUUGAGCCAACCAACCCUACCGAGACGGAGGGAGAAUGGCUUCGAGCGCGCCGUGAACGGGUCAAUCAAAUGAUUGAGACCAGGCUGGAUGAGCUUACGCAGCUGCUCGAGAGACCGCUUGGCAUCACCUUUCCCUACGACGUCGAUGGUGAGGAGAUCAACGGGCGGGAGCCACGUCAUCCCAGAUUCAACCGCCUUGAAGCUUAUUACUGGGCAAUGCUUUAUGCACGCGACCAGCACUAUAUCCAGGAAGAGGAGGUCGUGAACUGCAUUCCAUCCUUCGGGCAGCUCAAUCGGGUGGUCGUAUAUGAUUACGAGAACGUGAUCUGGUACCUCAACGGCUGGGAGCACAAAGUCACCGACCCUUUCACAGGUGAAACCACUCGCCGUUACUGA